AUGAUUGUUCAAGUCACUGCUGGUGCAAGUUUUUCUGCUGCUUUAACAGAGAAGGGUUCAGUUAUCGCUUGGGGGAAUCUUAGAGACACGCAAGGUGAAGUGAAUGUCCAUGAAAUGCUCAAGGAUAUCCAAAAGAAACCAGUUGUAGUCAUUAAACACAAAAGCAGACAAAAAUGGCAUAUUGUUAAGAUUGCUGCAGGAGAGAAUCAUUUGGCAAUGCUUUCCUCGGAUGGAGAACUUCUUACUUUUGGUGAAGGAUCUAUGGGCCAACUUGGCCGUUCUACGCGUACAGAACAUAUUAGAUCGAAGUUCAUGGUCGAUCAAUCGGGCACUUCUUUAAUCCUUCGUGUGCUUGAAAAACAUCAAUUCAUUCGAUUUGUUAACGUUUGGGCCAAUGGAUUUUGGACUAUUGCUCGAGCAGAAGAUGGACGUCUUUUUGCCUGCGGUUUAAACAAUUUUGGUCAAUUGGGCGUAACUGCAACACCUGCAAAUGAAAAGAAAACUGGAAGAAGUCGAGGACGACGUUCUGAUUCAGAUCAACAAAGAAAAGAAAAAAAUAGAGAUCAACAGGAGGCAGAUACUUCGACAACAAAUUCUUUUAAACAAUCAUCUGAAAGCAUGGAAAUUUCACUUAAUCAAUUAAAUGUUUCUUCUGCAAAUCAAAAUAGCAGUGAAGAUUCUUCCCAAGAUCCAGAUACCGAUGAAAAAACGGAUGGAGAAAUGAAACCUCAAAAAAGUGAAGAUGAUAGUAAUAAUGAGAAAAAAGAGGAACUUAAAAAUGGAGAUGAAAAUGGAAAUGUUCCUGAACAAAAAGAAGUUAACAAGGUUGCAUUACUUACUUGGGCACAAGCAUUUCAGCCAGAACAUGUUUGGUCUCAUGUAUCAGGGGUCCAACACAUUGUUUGCCGUAAUGAGGAUGACAAUGCACUUGGUAUUGGUACUUGGGAAGGAAAUCAGGAUGAUCAGCAUUGGCGUUACGACACGCUCCAAAGAAUUACAUUGCCUGAAAAUGUUCGAGCGGCAGGAAUAGAUGCAACACUUGGGGCUUCUAUUUUUUGGACUGAUGAUGGUAAUGUUUAUGGCUUUGGAUGUGAUACUGUUGGUCAACUUGGAUUGGGAAUUAAAGAUGAUGACGAGAAAGUUGUGCCUACUCCACGUAAAAUUCAUUCUGCACAUUUGGACAAUUUUCGUGUUAUUAGCGUUUCAUUAGCUGAUAACCAUGCGCUUUUUCUCGCUGAACCAAAUGUUACCGAUGCUUCUACUUCUUUGCCUCAAGUUGCUGCUGCUCCAGCUCUUAUAAAUACUUAUUGUUAG